CAGUAGUAAGACCUUCUAAGGAAUCGAAGGUCCUCGAAGAUGAAGUUCAAUAUGAAGCUCUGUUUCGUAGUAUUUGUAAUGGCUGUAAUGUGCGUAGAAGCGGAACCGGAACCUGGACACUCUGAUGAAAAGAAUGUGGUAGUUCUUAAAGAUGAGACUGAGCAUCAUCAUCAUCACCACCACCACCAUCAUCAUCACCACGCUCAUGAACAUGGACACGAACAUGGGCAUAAACAUGAACAUGGACACGAGCACAAACACGAUCAUGAUCACAAACAUGGCCAUGAACACAAACACGAACAUGGGCAUAAACAUGACCAUGACCACAAACAUUUACAUGGCCACAAACAUGAGCAUGGUCAUAAACACGAACACGCACACAAUCAUGGCCAUGCUCAUUCACAUGCUCAUGAUCAUAAGCACGAUCACGGACACAAACAUUCCCAUGAUCAUAAGCAUAAUCAUGCCCAUAAACAUGGACAUGACCAUAAACAUAAUCAUGGACAUAAACACAGCCAUGGGCAUAAACACGGUCAUGAUCAUAAACAUGCUCACGAGCAUAAUCAUGGUCAUAAUCAUAACCAUGGCCACAAUCACGGGCAUGCUCAUAAACAUGGUCAUGGACAUAGUCACGGCCAUGGUCACAAGCAUGAGCAUGGACAUGGACAUGAGCACGGACAUCAACAUGGGCAUGGACAUAACCACGCUCAUGGUCAUAAGCACGAACACGGUCAUAAACACGGACACGAACAUGAACAUGGUCAUCAACACGGGCAUGGACAUCAGCACGGUCACCAGCAUGGUCAUUCCCAUCAACAUGGGCAUGGGCAUAACCACGGCCAUGAGCACAAUCAUGGGCAUUCUCACAACCACGGUCAUGGACACAAUCAUGGGCAUUCUCAUAACCACGGUCAUGGGCACAAUCAUGGGCAUUCACACAACCACGGUCAUGGACAUAAUCAUGCUCACAAACAUGGACAUGGUCAUAAUCAUGGGCAUGAACACGGUCAUGGACACGCCUCUGCUCAUGCUCACGCUCUUCCUGUUGAACUUCACGGUCACGAAUUUGCAGUUGAGGCCAAAUCCGAAAUCGAAGUCAAACCACAUUCAGUUUUGGUGGAGAAAGCCAGUGGAAUCGGAAAGCACUUUCCUGGACUCAGCACGGAAGCCAAGUUUGAGCCUUUAUUUGCCAGAACUCCAGGAUUUCUUGAAAACCCCAUCUUUGCAAAACUUGGAGCUGCCGUCAAAGUGUAGAAGACAAGCAGGUUUAAAGUGGAUAACACUGACAUCAGGAUCCUCUAUUUCAAGUUGAAUGUUUAUUUAUUUCAUGAUAAUUUAUUUAUUUACAUGCCAAACAACUUGUGCAAGUGUAGUUUCUGUUAGAUGUAAAACAAUUUCUUCUUAAUGCUAGUUGUUUGUACAGCUUUAUAAAAAGGAUAUAUGUAUAAAAAUAUCUACAAUCCACGUUGUUAAAAUUUAUAUAACAUUUACAUACAGUAUGCAACAAAUAAAGGGCAUUCAUACUGAGCUCAUAUAUGUGUAUGAUAUUGUAUAAAAGAACUUAAA